AUUAGUGGAUUAUCUGGUUCAAAAAAAAGAAACAAGAGAAAUAUCUUGGUUUGUUUCUUAUCAUCACUAGACUUGUAUCUGAAUGAGCAGAACCUGUGACACACAUUUGCAGCUAACACGAAAGAGAAAUGCUCCUCCAUUACUCUCAGCAAUUCCCAAUUAUAUCUUGUUACUCACACAACUCUUACCGAGGCCCAAAUACAAAGGGUUACAUAAAGUUCCGAACAAGGUACCACGAAAACCUCCGAUACCUUCGAGCCCUAACCAUAAUCCACCCAAAAACCAAACACGAGGACCUUCCUCUCCCCGACACCGUCGACCACAUCCUCGCCACCCUCACCUUCCUCAAAUCUCACUCCUUCUCCGACACCGACAUCCCUCGCCUCAACUUUCUCACCCCUCAGCUUUUCUCCUCCGCCGUCGCCCCCGCCGACAUCGCCCCCGUCUUCCGCUUCCUCGCCGCAGAACUCCCCGCCACCGCAUCCCAAUCCCACGGCCUCAUCCUCCGCUGCCCCAAACUCCUCUUCUCCGACGUUGACCUCUGCCUCCGCCCAACGCUCCACUUUCUCCGCCAGAUUGGGGUGGGAGAGCUGAACCGGGCGACGAACCGUAACGCGCAUCUGUUGAACACGCGCGUGGAGAAACUGCACGGGAAGGUGAGGUUCCUGGAGGAGGUGGGAUUCACGCACGAAGAGGCGAUUAAUGUUUGUGCGAGGUUGCCAGCGAUUUUUGGGUAUGACGUGGAGAACAAUCUAUGGCCCAAGUUUGCGUAUCUUGUGAAGGAGAUGAAGAGGGAAUUGGAGGAGUUGAAGAGGUUUCCUCAGUACUUUGGGUUCAGUUUGGAGAAAAGGAUUGUGCCCAGACAUUUGCAUUUGAAGCGAAGAGAUUCGGAAAGCAUCUCUUAUGUCCAAUGUCCAAUGUUACUUGGUAUCUUUCCUAUACCAAAAUGAUUAUGGGGAUAUAUGCGAUGGAUUACUACCAUUGAAUUUGUUGAUCGCGAAGGAGAAGCAUGGUUAAUUGUCUAAUCCAACUCGAUUUAUUUCUUCUAAACUCAUUGAAUCCCAAAUAAAAAAACCACAAAUGUUUGCAGCUUUUCAGGGAAGCAUGUAUACAUUUCUAGACAAACCAUUGUGAUGAAGUGGUAAAUGAAGUUCGAAGUUUGGUCAAUGAAUUCCAAGUUAGGAAUUUUAUCAAAUAGCCAUUAAUCCCCCAAGAUCACAAACAUUGCCAAUGCGUCUAACAAUGGGAAAUUUCAAGUAAUAAAAGAAAUGCUGGUUCUAAGGGAUCAAACACCCAUUAGGGUACCUGAUAGUCAAAAGAAUUGUCAAGCAUUGCAAAUGAAAUAUGAUUGACCUGCUCAAAAGAUGGGUUGAGCUGAGUAACUUCAUCGAUGACAACCUCAAAGGCCGAAGAAAGUUUGCUCUCUUUCUUUGGACAUUAGACCACACCUCAACUCUGCUUCUUCUUAUGAUCUUCUUUUUCAAACAUGCUUGACCUGAUAUCCCAAGAUGCAUCACAUCGGCUGAAUUUUAUUGUUUUGUAUAUACUAUUUUCAGUUUUGAUUAUAAAAAAUAUAUACUUAAAUUCAUAUUG